UGCUAAUGCUCAGCUUUCACAAAAUCUCUUUCACACACUGUCUCUCCUCUCCCUCUCCCUCUCCCUCUCCCUCCCCCCCUCUCUCUCUCUCUCUCACACACAUAAAAGGUUCAGAACUUAGCUUAGUUAGGCUCUGAAAUCAGUCUCUCUCUUUCUCUCAUGAAAAGUUCUUCAAAACUUGGGCUCUGAAAUCAGUAAAAGAGGAAGUUUCCAACGAGAGCCGGGCACUGCGCUGCGCCAAACUGAGAGGGAAAGAAGCAGCAAACCCCAUGCGUAUUGACUCUCUCCUAGCCAUUGACUUGCCCCUCUCCAAACUCCGAGGCAUCCCACUGUGAACUCUGAUCCCUUGGUGUCAUAUAAUAAUCCAUCCUCGGAAGCAGCACCUUUUUCAGCUCGUUCAAUCAACAGAGAGAGAGAGACAGCUACCUCCAUUUCUAGCUAGCAAGGGUUUGGAUCCUAUGUGAAGAAGGAUUAAGCGAAAAACAAAAUGGGAAUGAUGAUGAGAAAGGAGCUGGCUUGCUUGUCCCUGAUACUUCUGAUGCUGAUAGAGCUCGAGUUGUCUUCUCCGUGCUUCGCCGAAGGCUACUACAACAGAUUCAAAGGCGGCACCGGCGGAGGCGGCGGCGGCUCCUCCGCCGCUUCUCCGAAACCCCAGAAAGGAUUCAAACGCAGUAAUGGCGAUCAAGAUGACGAUCUUUUCGGCGCAGACAAGAGGAAGGUCUACACGGGCCCCAAUCCUCUACACAACAGAUAAGCAAACAGACAAAUUACCCACAAAAAGGUCAAAAAAACAAAAGAAAAAAAGCUUGAUUUUCUUUCUCAAGCUCUGAAAAUUUUCUCGCGUUUUCUCGCCUCCCCCCUUUCUUGUUUUCCUACAUCAUAUAUGCUUGGAUUGUUGCAAGUAAUCAUUAAUAACCUUACGAUAUUUGUAUAUGGCAAUUCAGCUUCAUCUGAGUACUGAGAUUUUGAUGAUGAUCAGAAUAUAUUUUAUUUGUCAAGAAUUAAAAUUAAUACUUCUUCUUCAUGUAUGUGGAUGGAUCAUUUCAUCAUGGAUGUAAUUAAUUACUUCUCUCAUUUGG